ACGAGGCGCAGGGGCGGAGAGCGCGCACUAGCGGAUGCGGAGGCAUUAAACGGUUGCAAGCGGAGCAGGCUGGUUGUCGUCUUUCCGGAUCUCAAGACUUCAGCCGCCGCGUUCGCUCCGAGUCCCAGGAAGCCUAAACCAGCUAGGCCGUACUCCCUCCCACCUGCCUGCAGCCCGUCGUUGCGACUCCGCCACCAUGUUCGAAGCGCGCCUGGUCCAGGGCUCCAUCCUGAAGAAGGUGCUGGAGGCGCUCAAGGACCUCAUCAACGAGGCCUGCUGGGACAUCAGCUCCGGAGGAGUGAACCUGCAGAGCAUGGACUCGUCCCACGUCUCCUUGGUGCAGCUCACCCUGCGCUCCGAGGGCUUUGACACGUACCGCUGCGACCGUAACCUGGCCAUGGGCGUGAAUCUCACCAGCAUGUCCAAAAUAUUAAAAUGUGCUGGCAAUGAAGACAUCAUUACAUUAAGGGCUGAGGACAAUGCAGACACCUUGGCACUGGUAUUUGAAGCACCAAAUCAGGAGAAAGUUUCAGAUUAUGAAAUGAAAUUAAUGGAUUUAGAUGUUGAACAACUUGGAAUUCCAGAACAAGAGUACAGCUGUGUGGUAAAAAUGCCUUCUGGUGAAUUUGCACGUAUAUGCCGAGACCUCAGUCAUAUUGGAGAUGCUGUUGUAAUAUCCUGUGCAAAAGAUGGAGUGAAAUUUUCUGCAAGUGGAGAACUUGGAAAUGGAAACAUUAAGUUGUCACAAACAAGUAAUGUUGAUAAAGAAGAGGAAGCUGUUACCAUAGAUAUGAAUGAGCCAGUCCAGCUAACCUUUGCGCUGAGGUACCUGAACUUCUUUACAAAAGCCACUCCGCUCUCUCCUACAGUAACACUUAGUAUGUCUGCAGAUGUACCUCUAGUUGUAGAGUAUAAAAUUGCUGAUAUGGGACAUUUAAAGUACUAUUUGGCUCCCAAGAUUGAGGAUGAAGAAGGAUCUUAGGUAUACAUAAAACCUGAGGAAAUAAUACUAAGCCUUUGAGAACUGCUUCCGAGAUGCCAGCAAAUACUUAACGUCUUUCCUGUCACCAAAUUUGUACUCUGAGUACAUAUGUAGAUACUGCUUUCUGUAAAUAACCUAUUAUUUUUCUCUUCAUUCUUUACAAUUUGUUUAAGAAAUAAAAUUCAAAAUCAUAUCUGGUCUUGUUAACCUAGAAAUACAUCUGCCUUAUUUAGAAAUACUCCUGGUGAUUUUUAUAACAGAGGUUUUGACUGUAAAUGCAGUUUUAAGAAAUUUUUUUCAAUUUAAAUAAAGUUAUUUGAAUUUCA